AUGUCGUCAAGUAUUGAUAACGAAGAACAUGAUCCUGUAGCUAAUUUAACAAUGUUACCAGUUCGAAGUAUUCUUAAACCAACGAAAAGUAUUGAUGAAAGUCAAUUAGAAAAUAAACAAGAUACGACUUUAUAUUCAACAACUGGUAUGAAACGAUCAGAAAGUAAAAGUCAUAAGAUUCCACAUUUUGAUGAGAUGAAUAUUAUUGCAACAUAUCAUCCAAUUGAUAAAGAUUAUGGUCAUAUGAAAAUUGAAGAACCUAAAACACCUUAUGCUCCGUGUAGUAAUUUAGAUGAAAAGAUGGAAACUGAUUUUGAUAAUGAUGAAACAAUAUCUUCGGGUGUUGAUCCUGAUGCGUUAGCUCAAAGACUUCAUGAAUCAUCAAUACCAUCAUGUGCUGAUUCAUCUCGAUCAUAUAUUGAUCAUUCACCAGGAAAAUCUUCCAAUGAAAUUUCUACAGAUAUAGAACAUCGUAAACAAUUUGAAAAUCAUCGAAAACAACAUUAUAAUGAAUUUGAAGUUGUUCGAUUACGUAAAAAAGAAAUCGAAGAAGAAUUACGUGCUCUUGAACAAGAUGAAGAUGAAACUCAUCAUGUAUCUCAUACAACUGAUUCAAUCAAACCAAUUUUAGUUCAUUCGUCAUCACCGUCUCAUCAUCCUCAUCAUCAUCAUGUUCAUGUUGAUGAGGACUAUGAUUAUGAAAUCGAUGAACAAACAUUAACACCCGAAGAACGAGAACGUAGAAAACAAUUUCAAUUAAAACGAAAGCAACAUUAUAAUGAAUUUAUUGUUGUACAUUCUGCGAACAAAGACGAUGAAAAAUAA